UGUUCUCUGCGGUUGCCUACAAUACAAUUCGCUCAUUUCAAACACCUUGACCACCGUCAACUAUCUCUCUUCUUCGAUCAGUCUGUACUCUCUUUUUUCUCUCUUCAAUGGCCGACUCCACCACCAAGGCGACAACAUCGGAGACCAAAUCGACUGAGGUCAAGCGCUCAUGGGGCGAUGAAGCUGAAGAAGCCACCACCACCACCAAGGCGACAACAUCGGGGAACAAAUCGACUGAGGUCAAGCGCUCAUGGGGCGAUGAAGCUGAAGAAGCCACCACCACCACCAAGGCGACAACAUCGGGGAACAAAUCGACUGAGGUCAAGCGCUCAUGGGGCGAUGAAGCUGAAGAAGCCACCACCACCACCAAGGCGACAACAUCGGGGAACAAAUCGACUGAGGUCAAGCGCUCAUGGGGCGAUGAAGCUGAAGAAGCCACCGACGAAGCUGAAAAUUUAUCGCUGGCCGAGGAAAAAUUAUCUUCUGAAGUCCAAAUUGAUUCUUUAGCCAUCGACGAAUCGAAGAAAAUCAAUAAAUUUCUCAAUGAUCCAGAAGAUACCAGUAUCGAAACCGUUAGUUCUGAUGGUACUAUAUAUUCGUCGGCGAAAAGCUUCGAGGAGUUGAACUUGUCUCCGGAAUUGUUGAGGGGAUUAUAUGUAGAGAUGAAAUUUGAGAGGCCGAGUAAGAUCCAAGCUGUUAGUUUACCCAUGAUAUUGACUCAUCCGUACAAGAAUAUGAUAGCUCAGGCACACAAUGGGUCUGGUAAGACCACUUGUUUCACGCUUGGUAUGUUGAGUCGGGUCGAUCCCAAAUUCCAGGCUCCUCAGGCUCUUUGUAUUUGCCCUACAAGAGAACUGGCUAUUCAGAAUGUGCAAGUUCUUCAGAAGAUGGGGAAGUACACAGGGAUAACAACUGAAUGCGCUGUGCCAACGGAUACCGCUAAUUAUUUGCCCAUUUCGAAGCGAGCGCCUAUCACUGCUCAGGUAGUGAUCGGCACACCUGGUACGAUCAAUAGGUGGGUUACAGCGAGGAAAUUGGGCUUGAGUUCAAUGAAGAUUCUUGUGUUUGAUGAGGCAGAUCACAUGUUGGCGGAGGUAUUCUCAUAG